AUGACAAAGCGCAUGAAGGCCUGGGUCACGUCUCCGGGAAAGAGUGAAGACCUGGUACUUUCUGUAAGGCUGGAUUUGGCAAGGACGCUGUACCAGGCUGAGGCCUCUAGUGCCAACUUCCAGCAGCCUCAUGAGACCAAAAAGCUCAUCAAUGACUACGUGAGGAAUCAGACCCAGGGGAAGAUCAAGGAACUGAUUUCAGGCCUUGAUGAGCACACAUUAAUGGUGCUGGUGAAUUACAUCUACUUUAAAGGGAAAUGGAGGAUGCCCUUUCUCCCUCAGUUCACACGUGAGUCUAACUUCUACUUGGAUAGCGAGAGAACUGUAAAGGUGCCCAUGAUGCACCAUGAGUUUCAAACCACACCCUACUUCUGGGAUGAGGAGCUGUCCUGCACUGUGGUGGAGCUGAAGUACACAGGCAAUGCCAGCUCCGUGUUCAUCCUCCCUGACCAGGGCAGGAUGCAGCAGGUGGAAGCCAGCCUGCAGCCAGAGACCCUGAGGAAGUGGAGGGACUCUCUGAGGCCCACGGCGUGUCCACUGGAAUCAGAGCUGUACUGGCUCUGCAUCUUGCUAUGA